AUGAUGAUUUUCAUUGUAAGGAAAAUUUUAAUUUUAAUAUUAUUCACACACUUUAACUUGGCUUAUGCAUUUUUAAAUCUUAUGAAUAACGCCAGCCGAGAUCGUAACAACCCUGAUCAUAAACUUGAACAACAAAUCUUAAAAACAGACAUAAGUUAUAAAGUCAUUAGCGACAUUCAAGAGCUUAUUUGUGCUUAUGCUUCCGAAUUUGAUUUGGAAUUUUUACCUCAAGAAGAUAAUGCCAUUAGCUUGAAUACAUCUCUCACUGGCGCUAUUGCUCAACUUUAUCAUAAGACAAAAUGUACAUUUAAAAGAAAUAAAUUAGAAUUUGAUAACUACUGGAACUGGUUAGUACCCUGGAGAAAAGCAAUUUCUUUUGAAAGCUUGUCAGAACUUGCUAAUGACGAUGUGAAAGCAUUAAUUACUUCAUUUCAUCCAUCAAGUCAUAGUGCACUUAUGGCCAUUUUUGACCAUGGAUUAGAAAGUUACAUGAAUUGGUAUCCCUGGCGUUAUUUCUCAGAUCUUGUCUUUUUGGGUGCUGGUGGGUUUUCAGCUGUAUAUGCUUCUGAUAUUAUUUUACCGUAUGAUAUACCAGAAAAGGGGAAAAGAUUUGGUACACAACGUAGAGCAGUUGCAUUAAAGGUGGUUGAUGAAAAAGUUUUAAAUGAAUUUAUUGUACAAGCAAAAGCAAAUACAGCUCUUUUAUUUCAUGGCAUAACAGUGUGUGAAAAUACGGGUGAUUUGAUGAUGGUUUUAGCUUUAGCAGAAGAAGGUAAUUUAAAUCGGCAAAUCAAAAGGGCAAAUAAAACAAGUUUUGCAACAAUUGUGGACAUUGUUAUACGAUUAGCAUUUAAUCUUGCUAGUUUACAUGACAACAUUGGCAUGUGUCAUCGAAAUAUUCAUUCCGAAAAUAUUGUACAUGUCAAUGAUGAUUAUUUCCUUGUUGACUUUAGAUUUUCUGCUUUAAUCAAUGAAGCAACAAACAUCACUAAAUCAUCACAAGUACACUAUGGUCGGGUGCCUUAUAUUGCACCUGAAGUUGAAAAGGGGAUUUAUACUGAAAAAUCAGAUAUUUAUAGUCUUGGCAUAAUCAUGUGGCAGUUGGUGUCUGGUGUUAUAUUUCCUACACCAGAAAUUCUAGCCACCGCACCUGAUGUUUAUAGAAUUGAAUGGGUACCUGGUGUGUCUAGAUGGUAUCAAGAAGUGACAAUGGCGUGCUUAGAACCCUUUCCAGAAAAUAGACCAACGGCUAAAGAAAUUUAUUUACUUUUACGUAAAAUCGCAGCUACUACUUCUAAGACAGCUUUAGCUGAUGAAGGUUGGCGAGCUUACGUAAACAGUCGACGUCAAAAAUGUGAACUUCAUCAACAGCAUUUCAUAUCAGAAGGUCCUUCCUCUGCUUCUCGUCUAUAUACCCUCGGUGAAUUCUCGAAAACAAGUGAGCCUUUACUUAAAAAUGUACCAUUUCAUUAUCGACUUUUUAAUGCGGAUAGUAUUGCAUACAACAUUGAAUCUAAUAGAUAAUAGUAAAUAUUAAUAAUAAUAAUAAUAAAAGCAGUCAAAUUGUUAUAAUUUGUGCAAAAGGAAAAAUCUCCCCCGAUUCCUUUUUUUUUUUUUUUCUUAAAAAAUUCUUCAUCUUUAAAU